AAUCGAAUCAAGAUCGUAAACUCAGGCUCCCAAGACACUCUUCAAUUUUAAUUAAUAUUAGUUCAGGCCAAUCGAUUAGAUCGGGGCUCGUUAGCCUAUGUCUUGCUGUGUUUACCUCUUGAAUCGAUUGCUCUUUGAUCCACACACCUACCUGUAAUCGGCUGCUGACUCGUGAUCUGGUUCUCAUCUUCCUGUUCGUCGGUCAAACCUGUCAGGAGUGUUUGAGGAAGCUGGGGAAGUCCACGACACUUGGAGCCGAACCGACGAGCCAAAGAUGCAGGAGAGGCGAUGAGCCGGCAGUAGCCAUGUCGAGCUCGACGAGGAUCAGCAGCUUCUCUUCGCUGGUUCUGCUACAGCUGCUGCUGCUGCUGGGCGGCCAGAGUGCGGGGCUUCCCCUGGAUCGAUGCCCCGGACACAAGAGCUGCUCGCCCCCGAGACCCCCGGUCGUCCUCAUUCCGGGCGACCUGGGGAACCAGCUGGAGGCUAAGUUGGAUAAGCCCAGCGUGGUCCACUACAUCUGCUACAAGAAGACCGACUCCUUCUUCACGCUGUGGCUCAACCUGGAGCUCCUGGUUCCUGUGGCCAUCGACUGCUGGAUCGACAACAUCCGGUUGAUCUACAACAGAACCACACACACCACCUCCUCCCCUCCUGGUGUCAACAUCAGGGUCCCGGGUUUCGGGGACACCAGUUCCAUCGAGUAUCUGGAUCCCAGUGGCCGAAGUGUGGGUAUGUAUUUCUUCAGCAUCGUCCAGGCGCUAGUGGAGUGGGGCUACACCAGAGGUGACGACGUCAGAGGAGCGCCGUACGACUGGAGGAAGGCUCCAAACGAGAACAAGGAGUACUUCCUGGCGCUGCAGCGGAUGAUCGAGGAGAUGGCAGCGAAGGCGGGCGGGCCGGUGGUUCUGAUCGCUCACAGCAUGGGCAACAUGUACACGCUCUACUUCCUCAACCACCAGCCGCAGGCCUGGAAGGACAAGUACAUCAAGUCCUUCAUCUCUCUGGGCCCCCCCUGGGCCGGCGUGGCCAAGACCCUGAGGGUCAUCGCCUCCGGAGACAACAACCGCAUCCCUGUCAUCAGCCCGCUGAAGAUCCGGGGACAGCAGCGCUCAGCUGUGUCCACGUCCUGGCUGUUCCCAUACGCUCACACCUGGCCCCACGACAAGGUUCUGGUGCAGACGCCCAAGGCCAACUACACGGUGCUGGAUUACAAGCGCUUUUACUCGGACGUGGGCUUUGAGGACGGCUGGAUGAUGCGGCAGGACACGGAGCCGCUGGUGUCGGAGCUGACGGCGCCGGGCGUGCCGCUCCACUGCCUGUACGGCACCGGCAUCCCCACCUCUGACUCCUUCCAGUACUCCGACAAGUUCCCGGACGUGGAGCCCACCGUCAUCUGGGGCGACGGCGACGGCACGGUGAACCUGCGCAGCGCCAUCCAGUGCAAGCGCUGGGUGUCGCAGCAGAAGCAGCCGGUGGUUCUGAAAGAGCUGCCGGGGAACGAGCACGUGAACAUGCUGCUGAACUUCACCACCGUGGCCUACAUCAAGACGGUGGUCUUCUCUCCGUGACGCUGCGGCUGAGACAGCGCUCGGUCACAUGACCGCGCCUGUGGAUCGCUGCGUCCGAGGCGUCCUCGCUGAUCAAAUCCACGUUUUAAAAUGAUUUUAACUGCAGUAGCGAAGUCAUUCGUGCUGUGACUCCUUUUUAUCCCCGUACUUCCACGCGUUUGUUUAAAUUUUCCUACAAGUAUUGAAAGCUGUUUUUGAUUUGAGCUCUGCAGUUCAACACGAAGGCUACACACUGUGAUGCCACAGGAAAAGGCGCUGGCUUUAGUGAGACAAACUCUGGUUUGGUUUCUUAGGAAAAGAACAACUGAGAUGCUUUCAGACAAAGACAAAAAAAAGUUGUGUAUUUAAUUCCAGUUAAUUGUGAUUCCCUUUUUAUUGGAGCCAUUUUUCCUUCCAUUGUGUCUUUCUUGGACUGAGAAGAGUACAGAGCAAAACCUUCCAUUUUGGCUGAGAAGUCACACCUUCCUGAUGCUGAUCUGUGGUCUCCAUGUUGAUCUCGGUCACGUGAUCGGGGCUGCUCAACUGCCAAAGCCAGUCGUCUGGAUCGCCAGUGUUAGCGUGGACCUCUGGAGCUUUACCUGCCGCGUGUUUAUUUUAAUGAUCUCAGGACGGUUUCCUUGUCACAAGUUCUGAACUUACGGGAGGCCAACUCAUCAUCUCCAGCACAUCAUCCACAAGUGUUCGAUCCAGAUGUUCUCGAUGUGAAGAGUAACUUAUUUUUUCAUGUGUUUCUCUCAUGCAAGUGCCUCGAGCUGCCUGUGCGUUUACACUUGCCGUCAGUCGAUGUUUAGUCUCAUGUGCCAACCGCACUGCCGGGACCACCUUGUGACUCCUCAGAUGUUCUUGCUAAUCUGUUGCCUUCUGUGAGUAAAAUAUUCACAAAUUUCCAACAA